AUGUCUGAUGAUGCUGGUGACACCUUAGCCACUGGAGACAAAGUAGAAAUUACUGAGAUGCCCAAUAGUGAUUCUUUACCUGAAGAUGCAGACGUACACUGUGAUUCAGCCACAAUUUCAAAUGAGCCAACGCCAGUUGACCCCAGAGAAGUGCAUGACAAUGCAGCUGUUCAGGGUGCAGAGACUGCUGCCACUGGGCAUCCUGAGCAGCCCAGAGACACCAGUGCCACAGAGCCCCCUCCCAAUGGAGAAGUGACUGAGGAUACAUUUGCUGAGUGCAUUGACUCCGUCAGCCUUGAGGCAGAACCUGGAUCUGAAAUACCCUUGAAAGAACAGAAUGAUCCGGCUGUGGACUCCCCACCGAGUGGAGGAGGAUGGGCAGGCUGGGGCUCCUGGGGCAAGUCUCUGCUCUCCUCUGCUACGGCCACAGUAGGUCAUGGAUUGACAGCAGUCAGGGAAAAAGCAGGAGUCACCCUACAGAUUCAUAGUGUAAAUUCUGGAUCUUCUGAAGGGGCCCAAACUGAUACUGAAAACAAAGUCCCUGAAAUAACAGAUGUGACUUCAGAUCAGGGCCCUGCAGAAAGCCCACCCACUUCACCCGCUUCCCGGGGCAUGCUGUCCGCCCUCACCCAUGUGGUUCAAAACACAAUACCUGCCUGCCUCUAAAAAGAAGCUCGAUACUGACAACAGCACAUUGAUGGCAAUGAAAAAAGUAAAAAGCACCUCAACUGAGAAGAGGCAGCUUGCCGGUGCUCGGGAUCAGGAGGAAAAGGGCAAAAGCGUCUUAACUGGAGGUCUUGAUGCUUUGGAGUUCAUCGGCAAGAAAACCAUGAAUGUCCUUGCAGAAAGCGACCCAGGCUUUAAACGGACCAAGACCCUCAUGGAGAGAACCGUUUCCUUGUCUCAGAUGUUAAGGGAAGCCAAAGAGAAAGAAAAGCAGAGACGGGCACAGCAGCUCACGGCGGAGAGAACUGCGCACUACGGGAUGCUGUUUGAUGAAUACCAAGGUUUGUCACACCUGGAAGCCCUGGAAAUUCUGUCCAAUGAAAGCGAAAGCAAGGUUCAGUCAUUUUUAGCAUCACUUGAUGGAGAGAAGCUGGAACUCUUAAAAAAUGACCUAAUUUCCAUUAAAGACAUCUUUGCAGCCAAAGAAUUAGAGACUCAAGAGAAUCAAGAAGGCUUAGAAGAAAAGGGAGAAGAAUUUGCCAGCAUGCUUACAGAGCUUCUCUUCGAAUUACAUAUCGCGGCCACACCUGACAAACUCAAUAAGGCCAUGAAAAAAGCUCAUGCCUGGGUGGAGGAGGAUCAAGCCACGGUGUCGGUAAAUGUGGCAAAAGACCCAGAGGAGGAAAUGAAGAAGGAAGAAAAAGAAGAGAAACCUAAAGACCCUCAAGAAGACAAAAAGGGAGAAAAGAGAACUAAGACAAUAGAGGAAGUCUACGUGUUGUCCAUCGGAAGUCUGGCAGAAGUGACAGCCCGCUGUAUUGAGCAGCUUCAUAAAGUGGCAGAAUUGAUUCUUCAUGGGCAAGAAGAGGAAAAACCAGCUCAGGACCAAGCAAAAGUUCUGAUAAAAUUAACUACUGCAAUGUGCAAUGAAGUGGCCUCCUUAUCAAAGAAGUUUAUGAAUUCUUUAACCACUGUUGGGAGUGACAAGAAGGCUGAGGUCCUUAACCCCAUGAUCAAUAGUGUAUUGUUAGAGGGCUGCAACAGCACGACGUACGUGCAGGGCGCCCUCCAGCUGCUGCUGCCGGUUCUGCAGGUUUCGCACAUCCAGACCAGCUGUUUGAAAGCACAGCUGUGACCCCACCAGAUGCCAUGGAGCCAAAGGACAUGGCAGGCCAGGUUGCUUUCAUAUCUAAGCGGAUGUUUUCUAUACAGCUGGCCACAGACACCCAUUUGAGGACACUACAAGCAAUUUUGCACAGACAGCACUGAGAAUGCACGUUUAAAGAGAGCUGUCAUUUCUCUUAAUGUAUAUGGUUGUUUUGACAAAUAAUUAUGUUUUCUUUAUGUUAAUUAUGUUACAUGGCUUAUAUUGAAAAUUUUCUUUAGUCUGAAAUUCAUUCACAAAUAUUCAUGUCCACUUUCCUGGUCAAACAUGCUAUAUUUAAAAAUUCAUAGGCAGACCCUAGGAUUUUUAAUUCUUUAAAUUUCUACCUUUAAAUGUCCCAUUCUUAUAGUAUUACUUUAAAUCAAUUCUUAUAUUAAACUUUUAUUACAUAAAUGUCAUGGGCAAAAAUAACACUACUGACAGAUUUUACCAAUUAUGGUAAAAGAGGGACAUAAGUAUCUCUUUAUAGUCAUUCAUUCUUGCAAAAGCAUUUAUUGAGUACCUACUGUGAGUUCACAACAAAGGAGCAUGAUCUCACUCCAGUAGAGGCAGAUAGCAGGGUUUAUGAUGAUUCCUAAAAUGCUUUAAAAUGCUAACAAAUUUUCAAAAACUUACAAAAUGUUAAGAACAGGGUAAAUUGGUUAUUUAAAAAAAUUGGUGGUUUACCUUUCACUUCAUUAUAUUUUCCCACACUGUCUGAACUAUUUUAUCCCAAACUUCAUAUUUGGGGUAAAAAUAUGUAUGAAAAGGGGUAUUGAGGAGUAUUUGGUUUACAAUUGACUUAUUCUAAUGGCAGAAUUACAAAGCUUGGAGGUAUUUGUCCCAUGAAAGAGUCAUAUGUGCAAAGUGACCCCCCAAAUGCUGGAGGAGCCAAGAAACCAAAGAAGAAGGCAGACAAAUCCAGUUUGUGGCCAUAGGAUGAUUUAUUAGGGGGACUUACAGACAGAAGCAUGGUCUUGGGUGGCCACAGGACAGGUAGAUCUCCGCACCACAAGCCCCCACUCCCAGGGCUUAUGUUUUCGGGGAAAAGCACCAGUGCUCUGGAAGGAAUGCGCAGGCGGCUCGGCCGGCAGCGCCGGGCUGUUUGGAGGAAGGCGAGCCCGGAGCGGGGAGGUGUUCCUAUGUAAACAGUAAUAGCCCACCAGGCAUUUGGGAGGAUUCCCAGAUUCGAGGUUAGCCAGGCAGAUUAGCAUUUAAAAAAAAUAAAGUCACUCUUGACCCCGCAGUAGUAAAAUAGGAAAUCAAAGGGAUUUUAACACGGUAGAAUCCCAGGACUGCAUUUCCAAGUCUGCCCCGCAGACUGCGCUCGCCGCGCCCCGCGGGGCCGCCUGGGAGCCGGAGCCGGCGAAGGCGAGGCGGGCAGCAGACUGCGCGGGGGCGCCCUGGCGCGGGUCGCAGGGCCUGUGUGCUGCCCCGCACCCCCACGGGCACUGUGCCCAGAAGUCUUGCCCGGUAGCUCUCUCCAGGACAAAUGAAGCUUGCAGUUGUGCGAGAGUGAGAAUCUCCUGUUCAUAUUUGCUUUUGUUCCCCUGGUAGAAGAAACUGCCUUUGUUCCACACAGGCAAGGUAGGGGCAUCUUCAUGUCACCCCCUACUAUUAUUAGUGUUUUCUGUGUCCUGUAUUUUAUGUGUGUAUCUCCUGAAACAGCCAUAGAAACAUAAGAACAAUUUAUUUACAGCCUAGAAAAUAAUUCUCUGAGGGAUCAAUUAAAGAUUUUUUUCCUCCUUUUU